AUGGCGUACUUCAGCCAGAGUCUGAGUGGGGCAGCUUUAGAAUGGUACACCCGCCAGGACGCCAGCAGGUGGUACACAUGGAAUGAUAUGGCUCAGGCUUUUGCCCGGCACUUUCAGUACAAUAUAGACAUUAUCCUAGAUCGCCUAUCUCUAACCAAGGUGGAAAAGAGGCCCGGUGAAAGCUUUAGAGAAUAUGGGUUCCGAUGGAGUGAGGAAGCUACACGGGUCAAUCCUCCGAUGGGAGAAGACGAGAUGGUUGAAUACUUUCUUCAAGCCCUGGAUCCUACUUACUUCGGCCAUUUGAUCUCAGCCAUUGGUAAGCCUUUCAAUGAUGUAGUAAAGAUAGGAGAAAUGGUGGAAGAGGGACUCAAGUCGAGCAAGAUCAUGAGCUACUCCGCUAUAAAAGCAACCACACAGUCAAUCCAGAGUGGUACCGGAAGUUUGCUAGGCAAGAAGAAGAAGGACGAUGUCGCUAUGGUUGUUUCUGGACCAUGGCAUGGCCAGAGGGGUUCACCUCAUCAGUACACCCAUCCUCGACCCCAACCUCAAGCCUACACCCAAGCUCCAUAUAAUCCACCCCAACAUUACUCUUCCCCGCAAGACCCCCAAUACUCAGCCAGACCACCCCAAUACCAUGUUCACCAUGCACAGUCAUAUGCUCAACCCCCUCCUUACCUGCAAUGGUGUGCUCCAGCUCCACAAAAUAUUUAUCCACCUCCACAACCCUACCAAAACCCUACUGGUCCAAAUUUUCGACCAAGGCUGGAGUAUAGAAUAGAAAGGCAGCAACGGAAACAAACUUUCACCCUGCUUGGAGAGUCCUAUGCCAGUUUAUUUCAAAGGUUGAGGCAGUUGGGUAUCUUGAGGCUGAUUGAGUCAAAGAUACCAAAUCCCCCUCUAAAGAACCUUGAUUAUUCCCUCAGACUCUACCAAGCAACGCCCUUGAUAUUUGAAAAGGGUGACAGAGAAGCUGAGCUCGCUCAAUUUGAAGCCACCGGUGUUGGUUGUGAAAGGGCCUUCAAAGAUAUUGGGGCAAGUCAGGAAAAUCCAAAAGUGGUAGUGCCAGGGGUCCCAAGUAAGCCUAUCAUAGUUGUGAAAGGGGCUCCUAUUACCCCUAUUAUCAUCAAAAUAGUGACCCGGCUGCCAGUGGUUGAUACCAAGGUUGUUCCGCGGAAUUACAAACAAGUGAUAGUGACAUACAAAGGAAAAGAGAUGGAGGAUGAAGUCAAUGAAAAUAGAGGAUUGACUCGUUCUAGGAGAUGUUUUACCCCAGAAGAAUUAAGGAAAGCCAAGCCGUUCAAGGAUAGUCAAAUACCAGUAAAGAAAUUGGUCGCCGAAGAAAAGGCUGAAGAGUUCCUGAAAAAGAUGAAAGUGCAAAACUAUUCCAUUGUCGAGCAGUUAAGGAAAACACCGGCUCAGAUCUUUCUUUUGUCUUUGCUGAUACAUUCAGAUGAACAUCGCAGAGCCCUGAUGAAGAUUUUGAAUGAGGCACAUGUUCUUGAUAAGAUCACAGUGAAUCACUUGGAAAAGAUAGCUAACAAGAUCUUCGAAGUAAACAGGAUCACUUUCUCAGAUGAUGAACUUCCUAUGGAGGGUAUAGAACACAGAAAGAAAAGAAUUUGA